GGUUCCAGCAGCAGUAAAAGUAGCGAAAAUCUUCGCAUUACAAUCGGAAGUAAUGACAACAAAAGUAAAAAGAAAUCGCCACAAUUAAAUCGCAUCAAAACUACCAAAUAUACUCUGUUAACAUUCCUGCCCAUAAAUUUCUAUGAUCAAUUCCGAAGAGCCGUGUAUUUCUAUUUUCUAGCGGUUACUAUAAUAUCAUUUUUCGUAAACAGUACUAUUUCACCUUUGGUCUCCUUAAUACCUCUACUAUUUGUAAUGAUUGUUACCGGAGCUAAAGAAGCCUAUGAUGAUUUUCAACGUUAUAAAAAUGAUAAUUUGGUGAAUUAUUCCACGGUGACGGUAUAUCGUAAUGGUCAAGAGCAAUAUAUAGAAUCUCGUUUUAUAUGUCCGGGUGAUUUAGUUGUUAUCAGCAAAGAUGGUGAUGUACCCUGUGAUGUGGUUUUAUUACAUUCCACCGAUGUUAAUGGCAAAUGUCAUGUAACCACUGCCAAUUUAGAUGGUGAAACUAAUUUGAAAACUUUAAUGGUACCCAGAGGUCUUCUGACAAAUAGUAUAGACCAUAUUAAUAAUGUUGGUAUAAUAGAAUGUGAAAGUCCCAAAGCCGAUCUUUAUUCAUUUUUGGGUAAAAUUGAGUUAAAUGCAAGUAAUUCGGUAAUACCCUUAUCUGAGGAAAAUCUUUUACUCAGAGGCUCGAAAAUAAAAAAUACCGAUAAAGUUAUAGGCUGUGCUGUUUACACGGGCAUGUCCACAAAAUUACAAUUGAAUAGCCGUUAUACCGGUAAUAAAUCUGCCUCCAGUGAGAUUUAUAUUAAUAAAUUUCUAAUAUUUUUGGUGGUUAUAAUGAUAGUGGCUUGUAUCAUCUUGUAUAUGUUGGGGAGAUAUGAAGAAAUUAAUGUAGUUCCCCUAAUGGAUUAUCUGGGUCCUCCUAUACGUGUUAAUGAAAUCACUAUAAUUGAAGAUUUCUUGGCAUUUCUGAUACUUUUCAACUAUAUGGUUCCUAUAUCGAUGUAUAUGAAUAUUGAACUUUAUCGAAUAUUCAAUGCCUUCUUUAUACAGCAGGAUUUGCAAUUAUAUGAUGCCGAAACUGAUCAGAGAGCUGUGGUUAAUUCUUCAAAUUUAAAUGAAGAUUUAGGUCAAAUAAAUAUUUUAUUUUCGGAUAAGACGGGCACUUUGACAAAGAAUGAAAUGGUUUUCCAGCAGUGUUCCAUAGAUGGUAGAAAAUACAUGUAUCGUAAUGGUUAUUUGGUAGAUCAAGAAACGGCUGUCCGUUGGGAAAUGGAUGUAUCAGAUGAUAACCCUCAAUUGGAAUUCUUCAAAGCUCUUGGACUUUGUCAUACCGUACAAAUUGCACAAACUCCCAGUGAAAUAGACGACAAUAGUACCAGUCAUACAAGCACACUUUUGGAAGCAUGUUACAAUUUAGGACUUCAUUAUCUAGACGAUGAUAAUGAUCUUAUCAAAUUAAACAUUUUAAGUUCUAAAGACCCCGAAAAUUCCGAAAUUGUAGAGUUCAAACGUCUACACACUUUUGAAUUUACUUCGGAACGUAAACGUAUGAGUGUUAUAAUAUCGGAUGGAAUGGAGCGUAAAUGGUUAUAUACAAAAGGAGCUGAAAAUGUGAUCUUUGAGUUGUGUGAGAAAAGUCAGGAUUUAAUUUCAAUAACCGAUCAACAUAUAACAGAAUUCGCCCUACAGGGUUUAAGAACAUUAGCUAUAGAAAGAUUUAUACCCGAGGAGGAAUAUGAAGAAUUUAUUAAUGAUCUAAGGCAGGCACAGCUGGCUUUCGAUAAGAGGAAAGAGUUAAUGGACAAUUGUUAUAAAACUAUAGAAUGUGAUCUUGAGUUACUAGGAGCCACUGCAGUAGAGGAUGCCCUGCAGUAUCAAGUAACUGAAACAUUGUGGUCUCUACAAAAGGCUGGUAUUAAAAUAUGGGUUUUAACCGGAGAUAAAGUUGAAACUGCUGUCAACAUAGCUUUAGCUUGUGGUCACAUAACCCCCGAUUCAUAUAGGUACUCUAUGUUAGAGUGUCAAACCAAACAGGAAUUUCUAAAUUCAUUGGAGAAUAUAAAAGAUAAAUCCAAUAUAGCCUUAAUAAUGGAUGGUAAUAGUUUGUCUGUGGCUUUAAAGCAAGCCCCCAAUGUAUUCCGGGAAAUGGCUUUAAAAUGUUCGGCGGUUUUAUGUUGCCGUCUAAGUCCUCUACAAAAAUCCGAAGUAGUCUCUUUAAUUAAGAAAGAAAAAGGUUACUUAACCGCUGCCGUAGGCGAUGGUGCCAAUGAUGUGUCCAUGAUUCAAGAGGCCGAUGUGGGUAUAGGUAUUAUGGGCAAAGAGGGUUUACAGGCUGCUAGAUGUUCCGAUUUUUCUAUAGCGAAAUUUUUUAUGUUGAAACGUUUACUGCUAGUUCACGGCCAUUAUAAUACAGCCCGUUUAUCGUUUUUGGUUUUAUUCUAUUGCUAUAAGAAUAUUUUGAUUACCGGAAUUAUGGUAAUGUUCCAGUUGUAUGAUUUGUAUUCAUCAACAUCGGUUUAUCACUUCUUAUAUUUGUGGCUGUUUGAUGUGAUUUAUAUUUCCUUUAGUUUUACUUUCUUGGCCAUAAGUGAGAAACCAUAUACGGAAGAGUUGUUGUUGAGCAAGCCUGAACUCUACAAGAAAAACUGUCAAAAUCGUCAAGUACGCUGGUCCGUAUUUUUACGAUGGAUUCUCAAUGGAGCUUUUCAUUCGAUAAUUGUCUUUUAUUUUGCCUAUUUCUUCUUAACCCUCAAUAAUGUCAUACUAAAUAAUGGACAAACUGCUGAAUUUUAUAUAUUUGGUUCACUCUUAAUACAAUUGGUAGUUGUAGUCGGUAAUUUGAAAUUACUACUGGAAUCAAACUAUCUGAGUUAUGUUUAUAUAAUCAUCAUAGUGGCCUCGUUCCUAGGAUUCAUUGUCAGUACCGUGAUUUAUAAUUUUAUAGAUUUUCCCAAUAAUCCCGGUUUAUUCCAUGCUUAUAAUCGUUUAUUCUGCUCCCUACCGGCCUGGUUAUUUACUAUAGUAACCGCUGCUGCUUGUUUGGUACCCGAUUAUACGUUGAAAGUUAUUCGUGCAAUUUUUGCUCAAAGCCAUUCCAAGAAAACCGAUAUAAAUGUCAGGGGUGUUUGAGUGACAAGGUCUUUUGUUUUUUAAUGAAAUAAUUUCUUGUAUUUUUAGUAAAGUGUUAAAAAUAAAUAUCGAACCU